AUGGGUUAUCGUGGUAUUCGUAAACAUUUAAAACGACUUCAUGCACCAAAACAUUGGAUGCUUGAUAAAUUGGGUGGUGUAUUUGCACCAAAACCAUCAUCUGGUCCACAUAAAACACGUGAAUGUUUACCAUUAAUUAUAUUUUUACGUAAUCGAUUAAAAUAUGCAUUAACAUAUAAUGAAGCAAGAAAAAUUUGUAAACAACGUCUUAUACAAAUUGAUGGUCGUGUACGAACUGAUUUUCUAUUUCCAGCUGGUUUUAUGGAUGUUAUUACAAUUGAAAAAACAGGAGAACAUUUUCGUUUAAUUUAUGAUGUUAAAGGACGAUUUUGUGUUCAUCGUAUUUCACCAGAAGAAGCUAAAUAUAAAUUAUGCAAAGUUAAAUCUGUACGAAUGGGUCCAAAGAAAGUACCAUAUAUUAUAACACAUGAUGCUCGAACAAUUCGUUAUCCGGAUCCACAUAUUAAAGCUAAUGAUACUGUUCAAGUUGAUAUUGCUACAGGAAAAAUUCAAGAACAGAUUAAAUUUGAUACAGGUAAUAUCGUUAUGAUUACUGGUGGGCACAAUUUAGGUCGUGUUGGUAUCAUUCAAUCACGUGAACGUCAUCCAGGCUCAUUUGAUAUUGUUCAUGUUAAAGAUGCAAAUGGACAUACAUUUGCUACUCGUUUGGCUUAUGUAUUUGUUAUUGGUCGUGGACAAAAAUCAUGGGUAUCACUACCAGCCGGUAAAGGUAUUCGAUUAUCAGUUGCUGAAGAACGUGAUCGACGACUUGCUGGCAAAACUCAAUAA